AUGGAGUCUAGAGAAUGGAUUCGUGAUCUGUCAAAACAAAGUCAAGAAUAUAUUCGAGGGCUUAAUGAAUUUCUUGAAUUUGCUUUUCAAAAGGCUGAAGACAAUGAAAAAAUACUAUGUGCUUGUAUAAAAUGUGCCAACUGUAAGUCACAUACUCGUUCAAGUGUUUAUGAACACUUAAUUGAUCCGCGCCGUGGAUUCCUUAGAGGUUAUACACAAUGGAUAUUUCACGGUGAGAGACCCACAACUUCAAGUGACACGAGUGAACAUUUUGAAAUGGGGCAUGAUAUGGAUGGGUUAAUUCAUGAUGUUUUUGCAAUGCCUACAUUUUCUAGCGAAGGUGAAAGGAUUCCAGAAGUAGGAGAAAAUGUUAAAUUUUACAAAUUGGUGAAAGAGAAUGAGCAAGUUCUAUAUCCAAAUUGUAAGAAGUAUAGCAAACUAUCCUUUAUGGUGCAUUUAUAUCAUUUAAAGUGUCUUCAUGGGUGGAGCGAUAAGUCAUUCUCUAUGUUAUUAGAAUUAUUGAAAGAUGCUCUACCAGAAGGAAAUGUUUUACCAAAGUCAUAUUAUGAAACAAAGAAGAUGAUUUCAGGGUUAGGAUUGGGGUAUGAAAAGAUCCAUGCUUGUCCUAAUGACUACAUAUUGUAUUGGGAUAAACAUAUCAAUGAGCAAAUAUGUCCAAAGUGUGGUACUUCAAGGUGGAAAACAACAAAUGAGGAUGUACAAGCUAAUGGAAAAGAGACUUUUGAAAAGCGGAAGAACUUACCCGCAAAGAUCCUUCUUUGGUUUCCUUUGAAACCAAGGUUGCAGAGGUUAUUCAUGUCAUCUAAAGUUUCAGAAUCAAUGAGAUGGCACCAUGAGAGUCGAUUGAAUGAUGGGUCUCUUAGGCAUCCGGCUGAAUCACUUGCUUGGAAGGAAUUUAACUCUCGAUAUCCAACAUUUUCGUCAGAUCCACGUAAUGUUCGAUUAGGGGUGGCUUCUGAUGGAUUCAAUCCUUUUAAGACUAUGAGUAUAACUCAUAGCACUUGGCCUGUCAUGCUAAUUCCUUAUAAUCUUCCUCCUUGGAUGUGUAUGAAACAAUCAUUUUUCAUGUUAUCACUACUCAUUCCAGGCCCUAAAGGUCCCGGAAAUAAUAUUGAUGUUUAUCUACAACCAUUAGUACAAGAGCUGCAAGAGUUAUGGUUUGAUGGAAUUGAAACUUUUGAUGCCUACAAGAAAGAGACAUUUCAACUCCACGCUGCUAUAAUGUGGUCUAUCAAUGACUUUCCUGCAUAUGCAAACUUAUCUGGAUGGAGUACUAAAGGACAAUAUGCUUGUCCAUGUUGUGGUGUUGAAACUUCCUCACGAUGGUUAAGUAAUGGUGGAAAAUUUUGCUACAUGUGUCAUCGGCGUUGGUUAGCGCCUAAUCACAAGUGGAGGUUGAAUAGUAGGGAUUUUGAUGGAACAAUGGAGUUAAGGGAUCAUCCUCCUAGAAGACAAGAUGGAGUCGAAAUUACAAGGGAAAUAGAUGAAAUUUUAGAAGAGGGUCUAGAGAAUGGGGCACAACCUUGGAAAAAGAAGAGUAUUUUCUUCACUUUGCCUUAUUGCCAAUAUAAUGUAUUGCGUCACAAUCUAGAUGUGAUGCACAUUGAAAAAAAUGUAUGUGAUAAUAUCAUUGGUACAUUGUUAAACCAAGAGGGAAAAUCCAAAGAUAAUUAUAAGGCACGGGCUGACCUUGUAGAUAUGGGCAUAAGAAGUACGCUUCACCCCCAACCAAGUCCCAAAGGCAGUACAAUGCUUCUUCCUAGAGCAUGUUAUCAAAUGACUACCAAAGAAAAAGAAGCUUUUCUGAGCAUCCUCAAGAAUGUAAAAGCUCCAGAUGAAUGCUCAUCAAACAUCUCACGUUGUGUGCAUGUCAAGCAACGAAAGAUAUUUGGCUUAAAAAGUUAUGAUUGUCAUGUUUUAAUGCAACAAUUUCUUCCGGUUGCGUUAAGGGGUUCUUUGCCUGAUAAAGUCACUUCAGUUAUUAUUGACCUUUGCAACUUCUUCAAGCAAAUAUGCUCUAAGGUACUUAAUAUGGAUGUUCUUGCACAAUUGGAGUCUCAAAUAGCUAUACCACUUUGUCAACUAGAAACAAUUUUUCCUCCAUCUUUUUUUACCAUUAUGAUACAUUUGGUAAUUCAUUUGGCUUAUGAAGCCAAGGUUGCUGGACCAGUACAAUAUCGGUGGAUGUAUCCUAUUGAGAGGUUUCUUCUUACACUUAAGUCAUUUGUACGCAAUAGAGCACAUCCAGAAGGAUCAAUUGCAGAAGGUUUUUUGGCCAAUGAAUGCUUGACCUUUUGUUCACAAUAUCUAUCGGGGGUGGAAACUAGGCUCAACAGACCUAGCAGAAAUGAUGAUGAUUAUACAUUGGAAGAUGAUGUGACAUUUCUACAUCCUGUUGGAAGACCACUAGGAAGGAAAAAACAACAAACGUUAAAAAUAGGGAAGCGCAAGAGAAUUAGUAGAACUAAGCUUGAUGAAAAGGAGUUAAUAGAACACAUUGGACUUCUUAAGAGACAGGCUAGACCGCGACGAUUGUCACAACUUGAAGUCGAUAAACAACAUAGUAAAAAAUUUAGUGAUUGGUUUCGAGAGAGGAUUCAUCACAUGGAUGAACAAGGGAGCCAUGAAGUUACUCAUGAACUUAGAUGGUUAGCUCGUGGACCAUAUGAGGUGGUAAGGAGAUACAUCGGUUAUGUCAUUAAUGGUUUUAGGUUCCGCACAAGGAAGAGAGAAAGAUACUUGAAUACGCAAAAUUGCGGAGUAGUUGUAAGGACAAAGAUCUCAAAUGAUGAAAUUAAUUACUAUGGAGCAAUAACUGAUAUAAUACAAUUGGAUUAUUCGGGAAAGUACAAGGCUGUGUUAUUCAAAUGUGAUUGGGUUGAUAUCAAGAAAGGGGUCAAGAAAGAUAAGUUUGGAAUGACACUUGUGAAUUUCAAAUUUUUGAAACAUACUGGAAAAAAUCUUUGGGAUGAUCCAUUUGUUUUUGCAUCACAAGCUAAAAAGGUGUUCUAUGUAUAUGAUGAGAGAAAUAAGGAUUGA